GGGUCACUGAACUUUCUUGAAUCUUUUGAAAUUUUUUCUUCCACCAAAUUUGGGAAAUUAUUAGCCAUUAUUUAUUUAAAUAUUUUUUGGACCUUUUCUUUCUUCUCUCUUUUUGGAACUUCAGUUACACAUGUAUUGACUUUUCAAUAUUUAGCCAUAGGUUUCUGAGACUCAUUCAUUAUUUCUCAAUCCUUUUAUUUUCUGUUCUUCAGAUUGGGUUUUUUUAUUGAUCUAUCAUCAUGUUCACUCUUUGUUUUAUAACCUCCAUUUAGCUUUUAAGCCUACCCAAUUAAUUUAGAAAUUUCAGAUAAUCUAUUUUUCAGCUCUAGGACUUGAGUUUGAUUCUUUUUUUUAUAGUUUCUGUUUGGUUAUGUUUUCAUUUAUAUUUUUGAAUUUAAUUUUAAUUGCUACUUUAAAGUCCUUGUCUGCUACUUGUAACAUUUGAGUCACUUCAGAAUUGAUCUCUGUCUAUUGUUUUUUUCUCCUGAAAAUGAGUCAUGUUUUCCUGUUUCUUUGUUUGUGAAAUAAUUUUGGAUUAUAUCUUAGUGCUGCAGUUACCAUGUUGUAGCAACUCUAGGUCGUGUUUUAUUCUUCUAAAAAGUAUCAAUUUUUCUUUACUUGUUUUAGCAAGCAGUUGAUGGUUAGGCUCAUACUUGCAAACUCUGUCUCUGGGUGUGUAGAUCACAUCUUCAGUUAUUUUACCCUUAGCUAGCAUUUUUUUUUUUUAACUGCAAAUGUGUGGUUCACAGGUCAGCCAUAUUUUGAACUGACUGUAUAUACAGAAUUUAGGGCUCCUCCUUUCUGACUCUAUCCUUUCCAGGACUCCCCUUUCACUUUCCAGUGGCUUUGGUUACCUUGCACCCUGUCCACUGCUUCUUCAGGCGAAAGACUGAAGAUUUUUUGUUUGAGUUUUAGUUGCCAAAUAUAUUGUGGGUUGAGGUCUGCCCUCAGGCCAAAAGCUGCAAUAAGUAGGUAACUCACUUAGUGCAGUUCCUUUCUCUAAGUGUUGAUUCCUUCCAGAAUCAACCUGUUUUGGUCAUUGUUUAGUGCAUUUAGGUAACUAUUUAUUUAUUAUAUGUUUGUGUAUGGUAUAUAGUUACUCUAUGCAGAAUUGGUGUUGUAGGAGGUUACUAAGCCAAUAAUAGAAAUAGAACCAGAUUUUUAAAGCUAAAAUCAUUGGAAAAUAUGGUAUGGUGAAGUACAAUCUUAAUGGCUUUCUUAUUUUUUAAAGAUAUUCAGAAAAAGAAGAAAGCAUGAUAUAUCACACACACACACACAGAAACUGAAAGAACUAGUUUUUCUAACUCCAAAGUCUUCUUAAUGCAUCAUUAGGAUAGAAUACAUUUCCAGUGUAAAUACAGAUAGUUUACCAUAAGUCAAAAGAAAAUUUUGUAUCGAUUUCUAAAAUCUAUAUAGAUUGUGUGGGUUUAUUUCCAAGAUUGAGUUCUGUUGUAUAUUGUACAUCCAAUAUUUUUCACUUCUGAUGUAUAUAGUUUUGAUUCAGUUAACAUAGUAAAGAAGGUAAUUUACAGUGUUAGAGUCCUCAGAAAGAUCAAUUUAUGAUUUAAAAAAUUUUUGAUGGAUAAUUUCCAGUGUAAUUUCCACUUUCUAGGAAAUGUUCCUUUCAUGUUUCCUCUUGCUACUCAGUAAGCUCUUUGUGAAGCAGGAGGCAGAAUCUCUGCUUUGAUUUUACUUUAAUCUCUGUGCCAGUGGUUUUCCUCCCUGCUCUGUCUCCUUUAUCUUUCUCUUUCUCAGUCUUUAAAAAAUUUUUUGGUUACAUUAUUUUGUUGUUUUCUCUUUGCUGCACCUUAUACAUUUGCCUACCUCUUAUCCUUUCUUCUUAGGAGUUGUACAAUAUUUUAAAUAUUUUGCUCAAUAUGAAUAUGUAGGGAAUUUGAAGAAGUAAAAGCAAGGACUCUGUAUAUUCUCAUUCUAUUGGGAAGGUCCUGCUUGUUGAAUUUUUAGGUAUUUCAAGAUGUUCCAGUCAACUGACAAGGACUUCUCCUCACAGUGUCAGAACUGUAGUGAUGAUGAGAGUAAUGCAACUAGCAAAUAGUUCUGAAAAGUUGGAAGCUCCACCACCCACCCCAGGACAGCUGAGAUAUGUAUUCAUCCACAAUGCGAUACCUUUCAUAGGGUUUGGCUUUUUGGAUAAUGCAAUUAUGAUUGUUGCAGGAACCCAUAUUGAGAUGUCUAUUGGAAUUAUUUUGGGAAUUUCAACUAUGGCAGCUGCUGCUUUGGGAAACCUUGUGUCAGAUUUAGCUGGACUUGGUCUUGCAGGCUACGUUGAAGCUUUGGCUUCCAGAUUAGGCCUGUCAAUUCCUGAUCUUACACCAAAACAAGUGGACAUGUGGCAAACACGUGGCAAAGCUGUUGGGGUGACUAUUGGCUGCAUUCUAGGAAUGUUUCCUUUGCUUUUCUUUGGAGGAGGUGAAGAAGAUGAAAAACUGGAAAAGAAAAAUUAACCCUCUUAGAAUAUCUAUAAAAAGAUGUAAACUAAUGUACCUCAAUUACUAAAUAUGCUGUCACAACAUUUAGGAAUUAAGACAAUAACAGUGUAUAGAUAUGGGAUCAAAUAAUUCAGCAUGUAUUAUGGAAAACACUAACUUAUUGUGGCUUGGUUUUCUUAGGACAUCUUUUUUAAAAAUGUUUAGUAUCCAUUUUGUGUAAAUUGUUGAAAUGCUUUUUCAUCAAUGGCAGUCAACAUUUAACCUUUUUCUCUUUCUUUAUAUAUCAAAAUAUCAUUUAAGUAUCAGUCAUUGACGUACUGUACUGAGUUGGGGUUUGCGUAUUUGUUACUUCAUGUGUGUGCAUGCAUGAAAGGAUCUUCUGUCAUCGCUGUUGUCCUCUAGUUACAACUCAGCCUUGAGAUUUUUGCCACAUUACGUAAAAUGUUUAAUAUAAGUUAAGGGUUUUUUUAAACUCUAUUUGGCAACAUCAGUUUUGUACUGUUUUACGUUGAACAUUUACAAUCAUAUCAUUUUUGUCAUUUUUUAAACUCUUAAUUCAAGAUAGACACACACUUUAAGUAUUUUAAGUAUCUUUUACUCAUUUUAAUUUUCUGACCUCACUGUCUCAAGAGCCAGAGGUUAAUCAGAAUGAGUAAUUAAUGUGGUGUCCCUACUACAUAAAACCGUAUAUGUUAAUCAGUGUGUUAUUUUCAGUUGAUUUUUUUAAUCUUUAAUUUCUCAAUUUUGAAUCAUUACAUGGUAGCUUCUGCUCCAAAGGGGAAGAAAAUGAUUGUUUUAGGGUCUUUUAUAAAUGGGGACUGUAGAAUUAGGGUAAAAUACGGGGUUUGACAUGACACUUGGAAAUUAAGAGGCUAAAAAAUUUUUUUAGAGAAAAAGAAAAUAGGAACUGUUGAGAAGGCUUAUGGUAUAAGUGGUGAAGCUGAAGUCGUGUUUGGAAGGUUAAGGAGAUACAAAUUCUAUUGUUUGGGAUGGAUUUCUUUUUCCCCAAAGCAUCUUCUCAUCUGAAUUGAUGAAUCUGAGUACUCCGUACUCAUAAUCCUGAUGUCUUAUCUUGUUUAGUGAGUUUUAUUUCUGGAUAACUUACUUUGAGAUGAAGACUAAAUAUUUUAUAUUUUGCUUUUUUGCUAUGAAUAGUCUAGUAGUCAGAAGUUACGUGAGGAGAAAUUUUUUUUUUGGUCUUUUUUCUUCUUUUGUGAUGUUUAAAUCAUAUUCUAGGUUGAAAUUGCUUAUUUUCAGCCUUGCACAUCUGAUAUAUAUAGUACAACUAUAUAUGAGUCAUGAAGUCUAAUUUUAUGAGCCCUUAAAGUUUGUUAGCAUGUGGUCUGUUAUAUAUGCUAAAAAAUUACUCUUAGCUGUAAGAGUAAACACAUCAUGGAGGAGAAAAAACUGAAAUUAAAAUAACUGUUUGGGCCACUGAAAUUGUUUUUGUUGCUAAAUAGAUGCAAAAGAAGGGCAACUUCUAAGAUGGCUGUAUUUAUAGUUACCUUAGUUCAAAAUUUCAUUUGCACAUAUUUACUUUGACCUCUUAUUUUCAGAGGGGCUCUUUUUUCCCACAAGGCAAUUUGUCAUAAAUUACCCUCUGCGCACUUCAAAAUAAUUUAGAGCUAUCCUUUAAUCAUAGAUUUUUGAGAGAAAAGAAGAAAAUAAAUCAUAUAAUAUAAAAAUAAUUAUAUGACGUUCUUAUUACGUACAAAUAAUACAAUAGUCUCAUUUGAUCAAAGUGGAAUUACAGAACUUCUCAAACAGAAUUGUGGUUUUUUAUCUUCCAUGUAGUACUACAUACACACCAAAAAGAAUUUUUUUAAUUAUUUUAGCUGACAGGAUUGGAGUGCUUAUUUAAACAAUUUUUGUUAGAUGUCUAAGUGCAUUUGUUCCUAACUUGUAUAUUGCCAGUCCUUUCUGUUUUCUAAAAACUAUUUUAUUGUGGUGCUUAAAUUUUCUUCUUAUUAAUUAAACCCCAUAUCCAGAAUCCUUUCCUGUGAGUUUAGAAAGGGCUUUGAUUAUUGGUUUUCACUUUUUGCUCUGGAAAAUAAUCCAGUCCUACAGAACCUUUCAGUUUAGCUGAACAUCUGCAGAAUUAUUUAAGCUCAAAACAUAGCAUAUAUAACCUUCAUGUUGAAAGAUGUUUUAAUUUGGGGGCAUAAUAAAUAUUUGAAUCAUUCAGAUAAUUAAUUUUCAAAAAAUAGAGCCCUUUCGUCCUUAACCUAAGGUACACAUCUUUUCAAGAUCUUAUUCUACAUGAGUGUUGGUGCUUUGCACGAAGUGAUUUCUGAAAAGUGGUUCCCUUUAAGAUAAUGACUUCAUAAAAUCAUUGCUUCAUGGUACUUGUCACAAAUAACCUUAUUUCAGAUUGAAACUGGAAUCUUAUUUCUCAUAUUAGUAAUUUCUUUAUUGGAAGCACCAUAACUAUAGUUAAAUACAGCGUGAGCUACUUUAGUACUGUUUGUUUGAAAUUCCUGUUGUCUGUGUAUUAUGAUUUAUUGACUUGUUGAUGCAUGUGAAUUGGGUGCAUUUUGUUGCCACUGUAUGUUAAACGGUGACCAAUGUUUUUACAAAGGAAUUGAACAAAAAAAUAUCUUUUAAGAAAUUUGGAAUGUGGUUUUGAUCUUGAAAUUUUAUUUUCUUCCUAAUCUCUAAGAGAGGGCUCUGGCUAUUCUGUCACUAAAGGAAAUAGAAUAAAUAAAUGUAGAUUUUUUACAGGGUUGUAGCAAUGUCACUGAGACAGUUAAAUGGAACUCUUUAGUACCUCCCUGAAAUCCACACUGGAGAUCCAUUACAGAUUAUGAGAGAAGAAUGAUCCUAUUUUGAGACAGUUUGAUCUUUAAUAGGAUGUCAAAAAUAACACUAGAGAGAUUGGCAUAAAUCACAAUGAUGGGUCUUUACAGCAGAGAUAUCCAAGCCUUCUGUAGAAUAACGCCUCAUUUACUCCUUUUCGGUAGGAGGUGAAUUUUGAAGGUAAUGGAAGUUUAUCUUUCACACAAAAAUUUUGUGUAAGCCAUUUUGAAGUAAAUCUUCCUAAUUUUAGAAUUAUAUUUUCUUGCCAUCUUAAAGAAUGUAUUAAAUGUAAUGUCAUCUUUUUCUUAGUGGCCAAAUACCAUCUGCAUGGACAUUAUUAUUGUGCUGUAAUGCAGUGCCUCAGGAAAACUUCCAUUUUCCUCCCAACUUUUUACUGCUCUCGCUUUUGGCAGCUCCAUUUUCUGUCUAAUUUGCCAUUUCUCAGCUGUGUAGACUGAGCAACUAGAUAGCCAGUCUUACCAGGAAUUUUUUGGGAAAUAUUAGGUUAUGGAACCUGAGUGAGAUGAUGAUGGUGAUAAUGAUGAUAAUAAUAUUAGCUCCCUUUUAUUAAGCACUUGCUGCUGUGUAAGUAUUUUACAUACUCUGUCCCAUUUAAUCACUUUAAAUAACAACAUUAAGUUGGUGCUAUUAUUAUCCCUAUUUUAUACUGGGUAAAUUUUAUAUGGAGAGUUAGUACUAGACCUAUGAGGUCACUACUAAUAAGUGGACUGGAAUCCAACUUUGUCCAAGUUUAAAGCCUGUGCUCUUAGUUACUAUGCAAUAGGCAUCAGUUGUAUGGACUUUGUAAUGUCUCUUCUCUGCUUAGGUUCCCCUUUACCUUCAGAUUUGUGGAGUUGUUUUCUUACCGAUAACCUAAGGGAAUUGUGCUUAUAAUCUCAAGGUUCACUUAAGAAAUUCUGUGCAUACUGUAUGCUAAGAACUGCUCAAGGAACUGAGCGAACAGCCAGAACAUCCUCAUUCUCAUGAAGUUUAUUCUGGGUUGGGGGGUGUCAGUGGGGCAAAUAUACGCUUAAAUAUCUUUUAUUGCAGACAGUGAUAAGUUCUAGAGAUAAAUGAAACAAGGUAAGGGGCAUGGAGAGUACUGGUGGUCAUAUGUGAAGGUUAGAGUGGUCAGGGAAGACCCGAAAGAAGUGAGAACAUUAACAAUACAUGUUAAGAAAAUCUCAGACAUGUGAGAUAUAUUUCACUUUCGAAUGUAUUGUUAGAUUUUUCAUUUGUUUCGCAUUAAACGAAAAAUUCAUACUCCCUGCAUAUUUACUGACAGCAGUAGAGGGAAAUGGCCCAGAAGCCUGGGGAAGCUACCUGGGAAUUCAUAAAGUCUGUGGAUAACCCAUCCGCAAAUUAUUUAGGGUUUGUUCUGUGCUCAUAAUGAAAUCUAACAGAUCACUUGUUUUUACCAAAGCAAUAAAUGCUAUUGGUAUAUGAGUUGGAACACUGAAAUUGGUUUUUCUUCUUUAAUUCAGAAAUGGAGUACUACUUAAAGCAAGGACAUACAUAAUUUUGAAGCUUCAGGACUUUUAGUGUCUACCAAUCUUGUGUUGACAGCAGUAUGAGGCACAGAGUGUUGUGUAUUGGUUUUUAUAUUAAAAUUUAUGUUAAUGGCAUUGACAGGUUUAUGAAUGAAAGAAAUUUGAACAAUAUUUUUAUUGACACCCAUUAAAAAGAGUAAGCACCUGAGAGAUUGCAUGAUUUCCCCACAACUACAAGUCCAAGUCAAACUUUUUGUUUACAGGAAUAGAAUGUGAGAGUGGUGACUGAAGAGUUAAAGUCAAAGGAACUACUUUUGAGGGGAGAUGGGGUGAACCUUCAAAAACUGUUUGAUAAAGGAAUUUUCUGUGAGAAUUGUGAAAUUCAGUAAAGAUUUGGUAUUUGCUAAUAUGAAA